AGCACUGCUGGGCUGCACUGGUGGGUGGCACUGGUGGGCAUCACUGGUGGGUGGGCACAGGUGAGUGGCACUGGUGGGCACAGGUGGGUGGGCACAGGUGGGUGGCACUGCUGGGCACAGGUGGGUGGCACUUCUGGGCACAGGUGUGUGACACUGCAGAGUGGCACAGGUGGGUUCACUGCUGGGCACAGGUGGGUGCACUGCUGGGCACAGGUGGGCGGAGCUAGUGGGUGCACUGCUGGGCACAGGUGGGCGGAACUUGCGGGUGGCACUGCUGGGCACCGAUCAUCAGGGCACUGAUUAUCAGUGCCCUGGUG